CGCUGCGGGCUGUCCUCGGCGAACGCCGGCGCGGUGAGGGCGGUGACAUUGAGCGCAGCCAUGGCCAAGGCCGCGCAGGGGCUCGUGCAGCGGCUCGUGCAGCGCGGGCCGGAGCUGAUCGGCGCCGCCGUGACCUACUCGAAGCCGCGCUUGGCCACGUUCUGGUACUACGCCAAGGUGGAGCUGGCCCCGCCGACCCCCGCCGAGAUCCCCCGCGCCAUCGACAGCAUGAAGGGCCUGGUGAGGGCGUUCCAGAGCGGCCGCCUGGCGCAGCUCACCGUCCGGGACGCGCUGAGGAAUGGCCUGGUGGCCACAGAGGUGCUGAUGUGGUUUUACAUCGGGGAGAUCAUCGGCAAGCGCGGCCUCAUUGGGUACAAUGUGUGAAUGCUUAACCUCAGCAAUGCCAGCGGYGCUGCAGUGCUGGGUCUGUAAGGGGGUCUGUGAUAAUAAACCAGAAGCCCAUAUU